CAGUCAGUUUCUUCAGGGUAUGUGAGUCUCUACCUGCUGGAUAAGUUCAGUAUCACAGUUACCACAAGACGCCAUAUUUGUUAGACGUUCAAGUCGAGGAAAGGAAAGGAGGGAAGAAGGUGGACAAACGUCCAGAUGUUCACGAGUCUCGGGUCUUAGUUGUUGCAAUCGAAGUGACUAUAUGGUUCAGCGCAAGUAAUCGAGUAAUCGAACAUCUUGGACAACGCUGUCCCAGGCACCUUGUAUUUAUCGUCGUUCAGCUGGGUUAAGUCGCCGCCGCAGCCGCCACCAUGACUUCCUUGACUCAGCGGAGUUCGGGCCUGGUACAGAGGCGGACAGAAGCCUCGCGAUAUCCCGCCGACAAAGAGCGUUCGUCGGCCGAUGAGGACUACGAGUCCCGGCGGGGGGAAGAACAAGAGGAGGACGAUGGCGGAGACUCCAAAGAAACGCGCCUCACUCUUAUGGAAGAAGUGUUGCUUUUAGGCCUGAAGGACCGUGAGGGCUACACAUCAUUUUGGAAUGACUGUAUUUCUUCGGGGCUGCGAGGGUGCAUGCUGAUCGAACUGGCCCUUAGGGGACGCCUCCAGCUUGAGGCUUGUGGCAUGAGGAGGAAAGGUCUGCUGACCAGGAAGGUCAUUUGUAAGUCAGAUGCUCCAACAGGGGAUGUGCUUUUGGAUGAAGCCUUAAAACACAUCAAAGACACCCAACCACCAGAGACUGUGCAGAGCUGGAUUGAACUACUCAGUGGAGAGACAUGGAACCCCCUGAAACUUCAUUAUCAACUGCGAAAUGUACGUGAGCGACUGGCCAAAAACCUGGUAGAGAAAGGCGUCCUCACAACAGAGAAGCAGAACUUUCUGCUUUUUGACAUGACCACCCAUCCUCUGAUCAACAACAAUAUCAAGCAGCGUCUUAUUAAGAAGGUCCAGGAGGCUGUGCUAGACAAGUGGGUCAACGACCCCCAUCGAAUGGACAAGCGGUUGCUUGCACUCAUCUUCUUAGCUCAUUCCUCCGAUGUCCUGGAAAAUGCCUUUGCCCCACUGCUGGAUGACCAGUACGACCUGGCCAUGAAGAGAGUGCGGCAGCUGCUGGAACUGGAGCCUGAGGGUGAGAGCAUGAAGCCCAACACCAACGAGCUGUUUUGGGCCGUAGUGGCUGCGUUCACCAAAUAAAGCUACUGCACAGAGAACAAAAAACAUUAAAGUGGCAUUGUAAGUCUGGGAAGAAAUAACAUUACUGACCCUGACAUAAACACUUGACUGACAGUUCCCUCCACCUGGACCUUUAGAGUUGAUUGCUCUUCUUGAUUGUCUUCCAUCUUAAUUUCUUUUUAUUUCAGAAAAAGUGUUCUUGUUUAUGCUUCACAUUCUCAUUUACCUUCCAUGUGUCUUUUUGCUAAAAUAAUACCAUGGAAAUAUAAUUGAGGGGGAUUGGUAAUGAUAUGAGUGAGCCAUCUAAAAAGGCAGAUGUUGAUUCACAGCUGCAUUUUUCAGUAGGGUUUUUGAAGCUUUUGAACAUAUUGUCUGCGAGGCAUGGCUUACUGAACAUUACCAUCUGGAAACACCUAACACUACAACAACUAACAAAGUGCAGGACAGCAAGGAUACACUAUAUUACCAAAAGUAUUCGCUCACCUGCCUUGACUCAUACUAUGAACUGAAGUGCCAUCCCAUUCGUAACCCAGAGUUCAAUAUGAUGUCGGUCC